CAACCUAAAGAAGGUGAGGUACCUUAGGUAUUUAGGUCCCUCAAGUUGCAACCAAGCUCAGGCACCUGAUGGUGUUUUAGGCUGAGCUGAGCUGAGCUGAGCUGAGGUAGGAGGUGCGCGACGGGUUUCAAUUCGAUUGAAUAACAAUCAACAAUCUGAAUUAAUGGCAGCCUCUCCCGUCCCUGUCCUUGUCGACGGCCUCUGGCGCUGUCUCUGUCCGUCCGCUAGCAACGGCCUUCUGUUGGCCAAAUCUGUUUCCGUCGAGGCACUACUCGCGCCUCCCUGCCGGCUCCGACUCCGACUCGGGCGGCGCGACAAUGGCCUGCACCAGCCUCGCCAAGCUCGCCGCUGGGCCUCGCAAGAAGCCUCGCAAGCCGUUUCCCAACCCGCCGAGCAAGAGCUGCCCCCUCCCUCUUUCUCCCCCCCUGCACAGGAAAAACAGCCGAUAUUGACUGCGGCGAGCUUUGCUUACUACCUGGACACCUUCGACGAUGACACGCUCAAGAAGGCGCCGUAUGCAGUCCUCUACAGGGCGCUUGGCAUGCUUCGCGAUCGCGAUGUUCCAAACCACAGGGCAAAGAUACUCCGCCUCGUUAAAUUUCUCGUGCGCGAUGAGCACCAGCCGCUCAACACCACCAUUGCCGAGGCCCUGAUCGCGGCCGACACAGAUGUCAUGGGGUCUGCUAACGGCCUGGCUUUUCUCUUGAACGAAAUAGCAAAGGGCGAGUUUCCCGUCACCAAAGACAUGCACGAUAUGGCCUUGAGGGUGCUCGCUAUCCAUCCAGACUAUCUGCUCAGGCUCCGCGUCCUCGGCGACAUGAAGCGCAGGAAGGUACCCGUCCAGGAUCUCCCCAAUUGCUUCAUCGCCCUCGGCUAUCUCAGAGACGGCCAGCCCGAGAUGGCUCUGGACCAUCUGGACAACUUGGCCCCCACCGCCGUUCCCGGCUGGGUCAUGGACAUAUUCAUUGUUACCUUGACCAGUUGGGGCCAUUCGCACGAAGCCUUCCGGCUCCUGCAACGCCGGCUCCAAGACGCAGCCUGGAGUGCUUUCCCACCAAAGCACGCCAUGUGGUAUUUCCUCCUCGACGAAUGGAGCAAGGCGCUGCACUACGAGGGCACGAGGCUCGCCUGGGGCACCAUGGUAGAGACCGGGCUUCUAAACCCGUCCGACGGCAUGGCCCUCAACGUCAUUAACACGGCGUCGCGCCACUGCGAACCGGAUCUGGCCCUUGCGGCUAUCAAGCUCCUCGCAUCACGCCGAGUCAAGCUGGGGACUCACCACUACGAGGCCCUGCUGGACUCGUACGCCCAUGGCGGAAACAUAGUUAAGGCCCUCAAGGUCCUCUUCAUUAUGGUUGAGGCAGGGCGGGAGCCCGAACUAGCGAGCACCCGCUCGAUACUUGCCCUUCUCAGACGAUCCCCCGAGCUCGCAGACGAGGCCGCCGAUUUACUGGUCGAGUCGAAGUUGAAGGGCCGAGAACUUCACCGUCUGGCUCCGAGAGUGCUGAUAGAGGCGCAUUGCUUGAAUAACGACCCUAGAAAGGCCCUCGGUGUCUUCAAAUCGUGGGAUCGCAUGUCCUCGUCGGCCCCGGAUCUCGAAACCUUUGAAUUGAUCAUUGCCAUCACCGACUCUGCCGUGGCUAUCCGGCACCUCGAGACCGAGAUGAAGCUGAUGUCAAUUCGCCCUUCGGCACAAAUGUACGAGAGAAUGAUGGAGGCGGCCAUGUCUGUAGGGGAUACGGACCUCGCAUUUCUCUACGUGAAGAAGAUCCACGCCAUGGUGAGGGAUUUCACCCCUCAGGCCAAACUCGCUCUGCUCCGGCUCAUGGAGUGGGCCUUGAAAAGAGCCGACCUAUCGUUCAAGGACAUGUACGAUUGGGGCCUAAAGAUGGAGAUGGACAUUGGGUCCGAGGUGAAGGACCUGUGGCUUGCAACCGCCCAGUACCGGACUAUUACCCGAGAGGAGCAGGAAAAGCGCAGGCUCGAGGCCGACGAGGCCGCACGCGUAGCCAGGGAGGAGGAGGCCGCGCGCCAGCUGGAGCUGGAGGCUGUCGAGCGCCGGAGAAAAGUGCACGAGUAUAUACAAGAGCGCCAGCGCGAGCGCGAACGCGACCUCGAACGCGCUAGGGCAAAGCUCAGGGAAAAGCAGGCGAAGGAGCCCGCCAUCAGCGAACCGCAGUUGGUCGACAAGCAGAAGAAGCCGGUCACGUGGAAGAUUGAAGGGCUGGCGUUUGGGCAGAAGUGGAACGAGGAGCGAGAGGAAGAUGAGUACGAGUGAAAUAUAACGCUGCUACUGGGGUCUUGACUGUCAGGGGAAAUGUACAAUUCAUCUACAACGCUUGCCUCGGGUAGUGACAUUUAGAGGAGGGGGCUCGUGUCGUGCCCACCGUAUAGAACGUCUAGUUCCGAGUCAAAUAUUAGGAUCAAAGGGCUCAAUAUCAGAAAAAAGGAACUGAAGG